AUGAUCAAUCUUUCCACAUCGACUGCGGCACACGCAUACGCUUGUCGUACCGGCAGAUCUGUAGCGGUGGUAGAUGGCAAUGGCACCAGUGGUCGAGGAUCGCGCCGUCACCACAGUGGCACCGCCAACGGGUUGGUCAUAACCGAUGGGCUCGAUUUGCUCGAGCCAGGAUAUGCCAGCUUCAAUGGGUUUAGUAACAAUCGCUUUCAGUAUCAAAUACCCACGGUUGGUCAACACUAUGGGAAUGCAUUUCAUUUGGCUGACGACGACGAAGAGCGGGCUGAAAUUAUCGUCGAUCACCAGUCAAACUUCGCGGCAGUUGCCGACACUCUGGAGGAGCAGAUUAUUGAGGAAGAUGAGGAGGAUGAUACCGAAAUGUCCACUGCUGUGGAGGUGAUAUCGAUCGAUCCGAAUUGUGAUUAUGAUACGGACGAAGAGAACGAGGAAGACGAAGAAGAGGAAGAGGAGGAGGAAGUGUUUCUAAAUGAUGAAGAAAUUGAAGAAUUGGUAGACGAAGUUAGUCAAGACCAGUUGUAUGAUAUAGGUAGGGAAGUGUUCCUAAAUGGUAGCCGGAAAGAUUCGUCGCCUACGGUUGCUCUGAAGUACGACGUGACAAAAUGUGAACAAGAAGUAAUUAAGCAGAACGGCGGUGUCGCAAACUGCACGAUUAUUGCUUUAUCGAACGAGCCAGGAACUGCUGAUCGCAGCAAUAGUGAAAAUAAUGGCAGCGAUGCUCCAUGUCAAGCAGGUAGCGCCAGCAGCAUGGAAGAAGAAACUGAAGAUGAUGAUGACCACCAUUCCUAUGACGACGGCCCCAUAGUAGACUUCAGCCCUACCAAAAGCCUGCUUUGGGAGCCCCCAGCUCAAUUGUUGCAGGGUCAAUGUAGCCCGAAAAAACCAUAUUCACACGGGCGCCGGAAACGUCGCUCCAACACCCAGAGGCAGUCAUUUUCGAUGCCCCAUUCCCCGAUCAACGUUGGCGCCGCGAUUGGAGAUGUUGGUGCCCUCAACGGAUCCAUACCGACCAGUCUCAGCUUUGACGGAUUGGAUUCGCUCGUUUGCGACCUAAGCCCGCUGAAAGGGUUGUCCGUCGAAAAGGCUGCCAAUGAAUUGCUCGGCGACGAUUUGCUGGAAGACGAGUUGGCCAAUGCUGCGCAUUUCGAUCUGACCGCGUACAUCACGGGUGAUGAUUCAGCAACGACUGAUGGAACCAGUAAUGGCAAUGUCCAUUGCAGUGGCCCGAUCAGAAAUUUGCCACAACAUCAACACCCAAAAUCGCGCGGCAAAGAGCUGAAAAUGUUGCGUCAACUUAUGUUGCCGCGGGAGCAACAGAGUCCCCGUGCGAGGGCUAUUUCGCGAGAAGAAAACUCGGAGCUUGGAGCGUCGGAUCAGCAGUCGAUUGGUAAGCGAAGCUGCACUGCAAAAUCCACCCGCCUUCUGACGGUAGACGACGACAGCAGUGAAGUGGAGGAUGAAGAUAUAGCAGGGAAACAAAUACAAACUAACGAGCGUCGUCUUGAAGCUCUCCGCAAGGGAACGAAACGACGCGUGAUGGAUGAUACGGAGAAGGAUCCAACGUGGAAUCCGAAUCCGACUAGCUGCAGCAAACCGAAGCUUGAUCUUAAGGUGCUCAGUCAGAAGCAAUCGAGCAUGAUCGAAACUGCGAUUCAUACGCUGUAUGGUAGAGAAACUCCCAAAGCAACACGGGAGCACACUAGCAUUGAAGAAAGCUCGAAAACAACCGUCGAGCCAGUCGUAAAUGGGGUAAAGUUUGGGCAAAUGAUUAAGAAAGAUCUUUUGGGUACAAGUUCGGCUGGUUCCGCCUUACCUAAGGUAGCGUCUAGUACCCACGAGCCACGGAAAAUGUGCACGGUCGAGUCGAUGGCACGCAAUCAUCCGGUCCCCCGAACGAAUGUGCAUCGUAAGAAGACGAACGUGAAACUCGAUCACGACUACUGUUCUCCUAAACGGGGAUCUCUCGUGCAGGUGGGACCCGCUGGUGCACCCGGUGCAGUUGGGAUCCUCGCUGGACAGCAACGUAAAACCAUCGAGAUUCCGUUCCAGCUGCCGAUGCAAGAGCAGCUUCGACAUGAGCGCAAAUUACAGAAGGAGAAAAAUCGAGCUAAACCGAUGGCGACAAGAAAGCCUCAAGAGGAGAUAGGAGCAGCAGGGUCAUGUGCGGUCGAAACUGAUAAUAGCAAAGAUAAGCAACCGCAGCCCGGUAGUCCCGGUUGCAGCAGCUCCGAAGGUGUUAGUGUUACGACCGUCACGCCAAGGGUAGCAACGAAUCCGCCGUCAUUACGCUCCGAUGCCAAGCAUCCGCUCUCGUCCUCAUGUGGCGGGAAACGAACUGAUGUAGAUAAAACAUUUGUAAAUAAGGUAUGUAAGGCAAGUGAUAGCGGUGGCGCUAAUGAAAUUGGUAAAUGCGCAGAAGGAGCGAAGAAGGUGGGCAAGCCCACGCUCUCCAACGAACCCCCCACCGGCAGUGUGAAGCGUCAGGUAUCGUUACUGAAGAUAAAUCAACCCUCGCAUGCAGUAGUCGACCACACGAAACCGGUCGAUGCCAGCCGUUCGGGUCAUGUGAGCCAUAAUUGCCAGGUGAGAAAUGGCGACGUGAAAAAUAGUAGUAGCUGUGCAACGGUAGAAGAAAGCUCGCAAGAAUGUGCUAAAGUGCAGGCUGUCCCGAAACACAUCACUGGCUCAACGCCGCUUGGUGAAGCGGCCAACGAACAACAGCCAGUGGUGGUAGUGCGUAAGAAGUUGAAUCUGCAGGAGUAUAAGAAGCGUCGCGAACAUCCGGAAUCAGCGUUCGAAAGCAGCUCGAAAAGCUGUAUUAAAAGGGUACAGCAGCAGCAGGUGCAGCAAUCGGAAAUCAAAGAAAGAAGUGCUGAUAAUUCCGUAAAUGCAGCCAGCGAGAAUAGCAGUAAAACAGUAGCACCCCUGUUGAAUGCUCAGGCGUUAGACCAACGAUCUGAGCCAAAGGCCACUCCUGUGGACGCGAUAGCAUCGCAGACUAAAGAACUGAUCAAAGUAGAGCCGUUGGAUCCAAUAUCCGCCGCCAAAAUGAAGGCACUCCGUAUGCAACAGUUGAAAAAAGAAGCGGCCAUCAAGUCAAACGAAGCGAAACUAAGUCAAACGUUUCCCCUCAUGCCGAUUGUGCCGCUGGCCGAAAUCACGUCGUUGGAGUUCGACGAGCACGGUAAUCCGCUGCAACUGGACGAGGCUGGAAGAAAGGUUGGUGCUAGCACCUGUGAACGAGAUUCGCUAAAGUUGCACCCAGACUACGAGGAAAUCAUCAUCGUUUCGAUCGGUUGCAACACGGCGCUAACGAUAGAACCGAGCGUUCCGGAACCGACAACGCUAUCAGAUUCCUUGAGCCUUUCACCGACGGGUACCGGCUCCGGUGCGCCAUAUACGCACCAGCAACAACUACCAGGGCGGCAGCAACAGUCGGGCACCGAAAAGGAAGUGUCACUGUUGAUGGAUAUAUCCGACACCAUCAAACGGUGUUGUCCAUCGGUGAACACCAUGCCCGGUAAUUCGCUGUUUGCGAGCAUUCAGGAGGUGGUCAGUAAGAAGUCAAGCAUUGCCAACACCAGUGGAGGUCCUUGCGCGGACACCGGUACGUCAGGGUCCUCACAAACCACCGUUAGUGUGGGUGUGGAAGCCACCGUAGCGGAGAGCGCUGUAACGCUGAAAGCCAACGUCGUACCAUCUCUCGGCGUUGCAGCUCACGGCGACGAGAGACACGAUCAUCAGUACAUGGUGCAUCAAAAUUCACCGUACGUGGGAGUGUCACCUCCAAGUUCCUUUUCUCCGGGAAAACCGGAACGCGCCCACACAUCGAACAGCGGCGUGCCGAUUCACGGUCGCAGUAAAUGCACUCGUCCCACCGGACACGGUACCAGCAAACAAGGACAUGCUGCUGGUACGCACACGACGCCAAACCCCUCAUCGUCGUUCGUUGGCCUCGUCACGUUGCCAAUGACGUGCGAAGGCGGUGCCACGGUCACCGCGGCGGAACACGGUGAAGACAAAGUGAUCAUGCAUUUGCGAAAAGAUCGCAUUCGCACGCCAUGCACCUCGGUAGCGAUGCAAACAGAACCGUCUGCUCGGUUUCCACCGUUGUGCAAACUUGCACCGCUGAAACCUGCAACGGUCCCGCUGCAACAAGGUGGAAACGAAGACAAAGGUACCGCGAUGGUCGAUGACCGUCAGCAGCGCGGUCGCAAGCGAGAAUCGAGGCACAGCGAGCGGCGACACUACAGACGCUACCGUCGCGGUGGUAGUGCAUCGCAGUCCGAACCCGAUUCGGAUGCAGCCGUGCGUUUGAGCAGUCGAUCGAAGUCACGCCAACUUCGCUACACGGCGUGGGAUCGUCACAGUCGCAGCCGCAGCCGUAGUCGCAGUCGGCGUCGUUCCUCACGCCGGCGAUCGUCGUGUUCGUCCCGUUCACGCUCGCGGUCACGCAGCGGAUACUCGCGAGUGCAUCGCGGCGAUCACCACUACCAUCACCAGCAGCAGCUGCAGCAGCAAACGGCCACCGGUUGCAGUGGUGCGAGUUCGCGUUACUCGCGCAGCCGGCGAAAAUCGCGCACGUGCUCGAGAUCAUCGUCGUCUUCGUCAUCGUCCCGCAGCCGUGGUCGCCGUUCGCUUUCUUCAACCUCAUCGUCUAGCUCGAUGUCCUCUUCCACGUCGUCGGAUGGCGAAUAUUCGCACCGGAGGAGAAGUCGAAGCGGUCGCGUGAUCUCACGCAGUCGGUCGCCACGAUCGCGCUCCCGUUCGGGUUUGCGAUCGGGUACGCCGGAUCAGCGGUAUCAUUCGCGCGAGCGUCCAAACCAUCGUCGGACGAUCUCACCGGAACGCAAAAUUGUGUACGUCGGUCGUCUGGAGCACACCACGCGCAAAGAAGACUUGGAGGAGAAGUUCCAACCGUACGGGAAAAUUGUCAAAAUUACUCUGCACCUCAAGGCCAACGGCUCGCGGUAUGGGUUCGUGACGUUUGAGAAGCCGCAAGCCGCGUACGACGCCAUCGAUGCGCGUGGAACCGAUCCGAAUCUGCGAAGUUACGACAUUAGCUUCGGUGGACGGCGAGCCUUCUGCCGCACGCAAUAUGCAGAUUUGGACGGCGAGUUAACCACCGAUCACGACCAUCAGAUGCCGUACGUGAGCAUGGACAUGGAUGGAUCGCUCCUAUUGCCGGCGAGAGCACCGAUGCCCUACAGUGUGCCCUCGAUGUGCCACAAAGAUCAAAUGCUCGGCGCAACAAGCGGUCCCGGCAGCAGCUUCGAGGAUUUGCUGAAGCAGUUCAAGAAAGGAAUUUGCGCCCUAAAGUCUCGGAAAACAUGACCACAUGGCGAUGCCGGCGAUCGGUGGCAGGAGUCGGUCGAGGCGAAGCAACGAGCUGACGAUACACCGUUUGAACAGCAGCCGGGAGAGAAUCGUACUGCCACCGCCAUCCAAAAGACAUAUACAGCAUCCUGGGACGGGUUUCGGCGAACAGCACCUGGAACGUUGCGGACGCUUAUUUUCCUCUCUACCUCAUGUUUCACAAUAAUAAUAAGUAUUUCGUUUCGUGUGGUCACAUGCGCUCUUCCGCUGAAUGGCUUGCAUUGGGACACAAAUAUGAAGUUUCCGAUGAUUUCCACCAUCUGUGGUCGCCGAGUCGAUUGGCGGCAGAGGAGAAUCCAGAUUCAACUAAAAAUAUAAAGGCGUGAUUUUGAAAGACAUACGUUAGUGCGGAAACAAGUGGAAAAUAUCUGUGAUGGUUUCAUUGAAAUCCAGAAGGUUUAUAGGGAAGAGCCGGCCACUGCUUCGAAAUUCAGAGCAAGCUCAGAACUAGGUUUACUCAAAUUACAGAACACCUGCUCUACAGAGGAUAGUCUCUCUUACGUCAAGUAGAUUUCCGAGUUGUUAUUGCGUUAGUGUACUCGAACGACAAACAUCGUAAUGUUGGUUCGAAAAAGCGAACUUCUUCAAAAAGGCUGCACAAUCUUUCAGUUGUACGUUAGUUGGGUAGGAUGCGAAACUAAACCAAUGCAUGCAGUGCUGACUGUUUGUUUUUCUCUCGACACACACGAUAGCGGUUGUCGGGCAGACGCGUUUUCACUCAAACAGUUUCUCCUAGCUUCCGUUGUAAUACGUUUCCAAAAUAAAUUAUCACGCAUCAAACGAAUCAUGUAACG